AUGGCAACAUUAGAAAAUAGUACAACAGGAGCAGGAGGAGAUUAUGAAAUGGAAGACGCCUCUAUUUCAGUAUUGGAUGGAGAGAACAAAGACGAUGCAGUAUUGGAUCCCAUUGCAGAACAACAAAAGAGACGUUGGAUUUUGAUUCGUGCCGUUUUGGGAGAGUUGCUUUGCACCUUCCUCUUUGUAUACGUGUUGUGUGCUACUGCAGCCAACUUUGUUCGUCUCAAGACUGUCGACAAUCCUACUAUUGGUGCGAUUUCGACAGGGUUUGCAGCUGUCGCUCUCAUCUACUCGUUUGCCGAUAUCUCUGGUGCUCAUUUCAACCCCGCCGUCACAUUUGCCACAUGUGUCACUCGUAAGACCUCUAUCACCAAGGGUCUCAUGUACAUUGGUGCCCAACUUGUCGGCGCCGUCCUCGCCGCCCUCAUUCUCCUCGCCACCUUCCCAGGUGACGAUUUCAACGGCAAGACAGCUGCUGCUGCCGUCGCCAUCAAGCCAGCCAACGACGCCAACAUUGCCAAUGCCUUCCUCACCGAACUCAUCCUCACUUUUAUUUUGGUCUAUGUCAUUUUUGCCGUCGCUUUUGAUACUGUCGAUGACAAUGUCAAGGUUGUUCGUGGUAGCAAGACUCAAGGCAACAACUUGACCAUCUACACCACUUCUGGUGCCACCAAGGCUGGUUUUGCUCCCAUUGCUAUUGGUUUCACUCUUGGUUUCUUGUGUUUUAUGGGUGGUUCCGUCUCUGGUGGUGCUUUCAACCCUGCAAGAGUAUUUGGUACUGCUUUGGUUGGAAACGUUUGGAACGCUCAUUGGAUGUACUGGAUUGCCGAUUUCCUAGGUGCUGGUAUGGCCGGUUAUGCUCAAAAGUUUUUCGCUACCAAAGGUAAAGCUAAUUAA